AUGCGACGGAGACGGCCGUUGUGCCGGGGACGGCCUCCAUCAAUGAGUGGGAUAGGGUUGAGCUUUUGCUCACUUUUUGCUCUCAUUUUACCCCUCAUCAGCGCUUUCAAUCUCGACGACUCGGCUCCAAUCUACAAAUUUGGCAUCCCUGGCACUUAUUUUGGAUAUUCAGUGGCUGAACACUUUCGAGGAAAUCAACCUGUUGUUCUAAUUGGUGCACCGAAAGACGAAAAUGGUCAGAAAGAAACGAACAAGACUGGUGCUGUCUAUGCUUGUCCAUUGAAUACAAGAUAUCAAGGAGAGGACAACUCUUGGUGUGAGAAGCUCUUUAUCGAGUAUGCGAGUAAAGAUAAUUAUGACUUGAGGCCGGAUUUUGCGGCAAGGAUAGGACCAGAUCCCGUAGAUUAUUUGGGAAAAGAUGGGCAACAACUGGGAGCAGCUCUGGCAUCUGAAGGGAGACCGGGAGGAGGCGCUGUGGUCUGUGCCCCAUUGACGAGGUACCGUAACGCGUCAGCUCGCCUGCAGGGAGCUUGUUAUACUCUAAACGAUCGACUCGAGUACACAAACACCCUGGUCACUUGUGAGACGAAAAAUCUGGACAAGCCAGGCAGACACAACACUUAUGGCGCUUGUAUGCAAGGACUUUCGGCACACUUGGACAAGGAAAUGCUGAUAACUGGCGUGUUGGGUGCUCGAAUGUGGACUGGCGGAGUGUACGUGCGAACAAAUGUCGAAAACGCUUUCGAAACGAUUAUCGAAAAGUACACGAUGAGUCAAGGAACGACAAUUGAGUCAUCAGCAGAAGAAUCAAUUCGACCACAUUUGCUUUCCCAUGAUUAUCUCGGUUUCUCUGUAUCAGCUGGAAGAUUUGGAUUUUGGUAUGAAAAAGGACAAAAAUUAACAAUUGUCUCUGGAGCUACUCGACAUAAUCAAACUGGAGCCGUUCAUUUCUUACCUUUCAACAAAGAGAACAAAAAUGAUCAUCAUUUAGCGUUAAACGAUGAGAAAUUCAGUCUUGAGGGGAAAAGUUUUGGCUCUGGUUUCGGCUAUUCUGUUGCAGUUGUUGAUCUUGAUGGAAACAAAUUUGAUGAUCUUAUUGUUGGAUCUCCUUUCGAGCAUCGAAAUGAUAAAGAUGGUCAAUUUGGAGGUGUUGUUUAUGUGUAUUUCUCUUCGGGAGUUGAACGAGCGAAAGGAGAAAGCAAAUUUGUUUUUGAGAAACCAAUAAUUCUCAAGCAUGCUGGUUACUUUUCACAGUUUGGUCUAGCAAUCACUCGACUUGGAAACAUUCAUGGGAAUCGGAAACCGACUUCAGAUUUCGCUGUUGGAGCUCCAUUUGCCUAUGAAGGUGCUGGAGCUGUUUACAUCUAUCACGGGCACACAGAACGUGCAAAUUUUCGAAGAAAACCUGCUCAAAUUAUUAUCGGCUCAACUCUUCCAUCAAUUGCUCAAGCUCGUGCUGUUCGCUCUUUCGGUUUCUCGUUAUCGGGUGGCAGUGAUUUGGAUGGAAAUGGUUAUCCAGAUCUUGUUGUUGGCGCAUAUAAUAGCAGCUUGGUCACAAUUCUCAGAGCUCGACCAGUGAUCUCGGUGGGUACAACUCAUUCAACAGUUAAACCCUACAUAGACAUUGAUGGGAAAUCACGAUGCCCAUCUGGUCAAGCAACUUGCUUUGAUUUAAAAUUAACAUUAAUGGUGGAAGGAAACGGUGCUCGAAAACAACUCGUCGACUACAAAAGUGAUGUGUUUAUCUGCAAUCUAGAGGUUCUUCCAAUGGCUAAAGGUGUCCCAUUGAGAGCACAUGUUCGAGGCGCCAACAAUCCACAAAAUUAUACGUGGCCAUGCGGAAAGAACGCACAUCUCAGCACUCAAGAGUACUUUCAACAAAUCGAUAUCCCGAAUAACGCCGCUUCUCAAGAUUGGGUGAAUCCAUUGAAAUUCCGAUUCACUGUAAGGAUUAAGAAUGAGAAGAAACCAAUUCUACCUAAACAAGGCGCUCCUCUUGUCGACUUAAACGAUUACCCGAUUCUCAACAAAUUUGGAUCCACUUACGAUUUUACAAUUCCUUUCAAUACUCGAUGUGGAGAUGAUCAUGUUUGUCAAACGGAUCUCGCUCUUCGCGCUACAUUUGCUGGCAUUCCAAAUACCGAGGACGGCUAUGUAUCGAAUGUUGGUGAGAAAGAGCAUUUGGACAUUCAAUUCGAAGUUGAUAACAAUGGAGAGAAAGCCUAUCAAGCACAUCUUAAUCUCACCUUUGAUCCAGAAGAACUCGAGUUACCUUCAUUACAAGGUAAAAAUGUUCGUGGUUUGAUUCUUGAGACUCUGGGAAAGAACUCACUUCUCGUGCAACUUGGGAAUCCGAUGGAUGGAAGAUCCAAGUUGACGUUUGAUGUUCGCUUUAAAUUAGUGCGUGGUCGAACGGAGGGAAUUGGAAGACCGCUUCGAUUUAAAGCUCAUGUUAACAGCACCAGUGAUGAGACAAAUCCAUUGGACAACACCUGGGAGGCUCAAGUUCGAUUAAUCAAAAAAGCCGAGUUGGAAUUGAUUGGGACAAGUGAUCCGGGAAUCGUGCGCUUUGGUGGAGCUGUUAAGGGAGUUUCGGCGAUGCAAAUGGAAGAGGAUAUUGGAGUGAUGUUGAGGCACAACUAUACUCUGCACAACAAGGGUCCUUGGACAGUUAGAAAUGUUUACGCAAAGUUUGAAUGGCCUUAUCAAGUUGCCUCAAGAUUUCGGAGAGGGAAAUACGCAUUGUAUUUAUUGGAUGUGCCAACAGUCGUCACUUACAACGUUCAAACUGGCGUCACUGAUGUGAAAAGAUGUUCUGUUGAACGACCUGUUGAGCAUAUAAAUCCAGAAGAAAUCCCGUUGAACACCCGCCAUUCCGUUCAAAUUACCCUCCCGUCGGCUAGAGGCGCUUUGAAAGUUAAGAGAUCGGCUGAGCCACAAAACGAGCCCGAACAACAACCCGCUUCAGCCGGUUUCUUCUUUGAUCGAAUCUCAUCAGAAAAGAGAAAAGAGGGAGACGUUGAAGUGAACGUUGUUUCAAUUAGUUGCGAAAAAGGAUCAGCGAAAUGCUUCCGAGUCUCUUGUCAUUUUGAUUUUAUCGACGCUGGGUCGGCUCCUGUAAUCGAUUUCCGUGCUCGUCUUUGGAACGCCACUUUCAUUGAGGACUAUUCCGAUGUGGAAUAUGUUGAAUUGCUUUCACACGGAUGGAUUGAAUUGGAUGAAUCACAAGGAAUCGCAGACGAUCCGACGAACAAUCGAGCUCAAGUAGCCACGUUGGCUUAUCCAGAUCGGCCAGCGCUUGAUGAUACUCGAUCCGUGCCUUGGUGGAUAAUCGUAUUGGCUGUGUUGGUCGGUUUGCUGAUAUUGGCGGUGAUCGUUUUGAUUUGCUGGCGAUGCGGUUUCUUUAAGCGAAAUAGAGUCAAUCAGCCAUCGUUGUAUCAGGCCCAACUGCGCCACGAACGAGAGCAAUGGAGUGAGAUG